AUGGAACUUUUAAACAGGGAAGAUGAUCUUGAUAAAGAAAAUGUUGUUUUGUCUGGAAGCAGCAGACCAGAUGUUUUCAGUUCCCGUGAAACGCAGGCUGUAUCAGUCUGUAUGGACACCACCACCCCCCCAGGUGACUACGUUCAAAGACGAGGUUAUGUGGAGUCUUCGCUUCUGAAGCUUCCCACAGAGGAGCGCAUUGGGACCCACCAUGCACCUUUCCAGUUUGACCGGCAUGCUCUGGCCAGAAUUUCCACUUCUCCAACUUUAAGGCGUCUAAGGAUGGCCUCUGCCUCACAAGCAUUCUCAUCUCAGGACUGCUCUGACACAGCUCAGCUGGGGAAUCCAAAGGAAUACAUCGGCUCUCUCCACCACAUCUGUAAGAGUCCACCACGGUGCACUACGACUUCCUCAUUGUCAUUGCCUUCUUGUGUCCAUGCAAAAUUACUGUCUUCCAAAGCCAAGUCUGAGACAACUAUAGCAGAUCCAGACUCUGCCGGCUCCAGAUCAAAGCUGCCAAGCCAAAAAGAUCCUCUCAGCAAUGGCAGUCCCAACGAAACAUGCCAAAACUCUUGGAGAGCCAACUCCGCUACACUACCUAGGAGAGUCCCCCACCCCAGCCCUACACCACAGGAGAGCGUCCAGGUAAGAGGAAUAGGGUGA